GUGAGCAGCCUUGUGUCAAAGUACAAAGAUUGUGUAAUUUGAGUCUUUUACAGUACGAUGUAAUACGAGUAUGCGAGUAACACAUUAAACCUCAAACAGAUCAUUUUGCAUCUUUUUUUGUUACUUGCAUGAUCAAACCUGCUGCUUUUUUGUGCACCAAGAUCAGAUGAGAUUUCUGGGCAUCUCUCAGCUCAGUUUGAGGAGACUCAAUGCCAUAUUCUCUGCAGGCACCGUCAGAGGCACAGCAAGCUCAGCCGCUAUGAGACUCGUCCAGUUCUGUCACAGAGGAGGCGAGGGGGGCGUCAGAGUCGGGCUGGAGCAGGCAGGAGGUCAGGGGGUCAUUGACCUGAAAGCCUUCGACCCAUCCAUGCCGUCCACUAUGAGAGAGUUCCUUGAAAUGGGGGAAAAGGGAAUGGAGUGUGCUAAGAGGGCUUUGUCCAGCGGUCAGCAUGUGGUGGCAAGGUCGGAGGUCAGGCUGCUCUCUCCAGUGACCGGCCCAGAGAAGGUGGUGUGUGUUGGUAUGAAUUAUAAAGACCACUGCCUAGAGCAAAACGCCCCGAUUCCUAAAGAGCCCAUCAUAUUCAGCAAGUUCCCCUCCACCAUCACUGGCCCUUAUGAUGACAUCGUUCUCCCAGCGGAGAGUCAGGAAGUGGACUGGGAGGUGGAACUCGCCUUUGUGAUUGGACGGAAAGGGAAGCAUAUUAAGGAAGAGGAGGCUCUUUCCUAUGUUGCAGGUUUCACUGUAGCGAACGAUGUGAGCGCUCGUGAUUGGCAGAUGAAGCGCAAUGGAAAGCAGUGGUUGCUGGGAAAAACUUUUGACACAUUUUGUCCACUGGGGCCAGCGCUGGUUACCACUUCAGCACUCAAAGAUGUUCAUAACCUGGGUGUCCGCUGUCUGGUGAAUGGGACCAUGGUUCAGGACAGUAACACCAAUCAAAUGAUCUUUCAAACGGAGAAGCUCAUUGCCUGGGUUUCACAGUUUGUGACACUUUGUCCCGGUGAUGUGUUUCUGACUGGAACGCCUCCAGGUGUGGGGGUGUUCAGAAAUCCACCUGUGUAUCUAAAGAGGGGAGAUGUUGUGGAGUGUCAGAUCGACGAGAUCGGAUCGAUACAGAACACAGUCGUGUAACCGGAAGAUCUACAUGAUUCAAGUGCCAUUACUACAUUUAUAAUUAUUUCAUAUUGACAUCAUAAAACAUGGAUUAGUUUUUAACAGAAGGCAAUAAACAUUAUGCUCUGGGCCACGUUUAUAA